GUCUUUUCCUCUGCUUUCUUUCUUCCUCUUUUCGACAGUUUUCGUGUUGUUCUGAAAGCAGUAUUUUGCUUGAUUCAUGUAGUACCGUGUUUAUGGAUUUGGAUAAACGCAUCUCGAUCUAAAUAUAUUUAUGAUUCGAGCACAAUUUAUGUUUUAGACUAAGUUUUUUUGGAUCAUGUUCAUAUUUUCUUUCUUUCUAAUGAGAUAAUGUUCUUGAGAAUAGUUCUUGAGAAUCAUGUUCCGGAGGAAGCAUAAUUCUCAUGGUAAACAGGACCAUGACGCCGAGAACCAAGAGGAAAAAAUUGAAGAGCUGAGAGCUGAAAUAGGCCCCCUGGAAGGCCGCAGUUUGAAAUACUGCACCGAUGAAUGCCUGAGAAGAUACCUGGUGGCUCGGAAAUGGGACGUCGGUAAAUCCAAGAAGAUGUUGGAAGAAACUGUCGAGUGGAGAUCCAGCUACAAGCCGGAGGAAAUCCGAUGGCGUGAAGUCGCAGAGGAAGGCGAAACGGGCAAAGUCUACCGCGCCGACUUCCGCGAUCGCGAGGGGAGGACCGUCAUCGUCAUGCGACCAGCCAAGCAGAACACGAACUCGCAGGAGAAUCAACUGAGGCACCUGGUGUACCUCCUGGAGAACGCCAUCAUCAACUUGCCGGAGAAGCAGGAGCAGAUGAUAUGGCUGAUCGACUUCACGGGGUGGUCGCUGAGCAACGCGGUGCCGAUCAAGCAGGCGAGGGAGACCGCAAACAUUCUCCAGAACCAUUACCCUGAGCGCCUCGGCUUUGCCUUCUUGUACAAUCCCCCGAGAAUCUUUGAAGCCUUUUGGAAGGUGGUGAAGUACUUCCUGGAUCCGAAGACCUUCCAGAAGGUGAAGUUCGUGUACCCCAAGAGCCAGGAGAGCAUGGAAGUGAUGAGCGAGUUCUUCGAUCUAGACGCCCUGACGGUGGAGUUCGGGGGGAGGAACAAAGCGGAGUACGAGCACGAGGCGUUCUCCAAGAUGAUGGAAGAAGACGACGUGAAGACGGCCAGGUUUUGGGAUUUGCAGCAGCAGGCUUCGACUGCAGUUUGACUUCUUAAUUAAUUUAAUGGUAAAGGAGGCUCAAUGAACACUGCUCGUUAAUUCAUGUGGUUUCUCUUGUUUUGUUUG